AUGUCAGGCAAGCAGGAAGCCAUUGCUCUGGAGCCUCAGCAAUCAGUUGACGCCCAAGAUGAGACUCAGAACACCACUACGCACAAAAUGUGGCUACGAUCACUGGUCGAUCGUUUGGCGUAUGUGCCGCCGAGAUGCAGAUACGAUCCGGAGAAACCCUUUGCCUUCAAUAUAGGCUUGAACAUUCUCUUUGCAUUCGCUGGCUGCUUCACGGUUGCAAAUCUCUACUACAACCAUCCCAUCCUCAACCUCCUGGCUAAAGACUUUGGCGUCACCGAUGAGCAAGCGUCAUACGUCCCCACGCUUGCGCAAGCCGGCUAUGCUGCCGGUCUGCUCUUUCUCUGUCCUCUGGGAGAUCAGCUCAAACGACGACUAUUUGUGCUUUGGCUGGUAUGGUUCACGGCAACUCUCUGGAUUGGUCUUUGCGUGACACACAACUUUCAUGCUUUCCUCGCGCUAUCUUUCAUCACAUCGGUCACUACCGUGACUCCGCAGCUCAUGUUACCGCUGGUGGGCGACCUGGCCCCGGCUCACCGACGAGCCACAGCGCUUUCGGUCGUGGUCUCUGGCAUGCUGCUGGGAAUGCUUCUGGCACGCUUCCUCUCCGGAGUUGUGGCGUUUGUCAUCGGAUGGAGGUACAUUUACUGGAUCUCGUUCGCUCUGCAGUACAUCAUCUUGAUCCUGCUGUACUUGUUCAUGCCGGACUAUCCCUCGACGAAUCCGGGAGAGAGUCUCAUCAGAAGAUACCCAUAUUUGCUGUGGGACAUCAUCAAGUUGACCUUUAAGUUUCCGACGCUGAUGCAGGCAUGUCUGAUCGGCUUUUUCACCUCAUCUACCUUCACCAAUUAUUGGACGACAUUGACUUUUCUGUUGGCGGGUCCUCCAUACCACUACUCGAGUCUCGUGAUUGGCAUGUUUGCACUGAUAGGGAUCGCGGCGAUGACAUGGGGUCCGAUUUUUGCUCGGACUGUCAUGGACAAGACUGUCCCGCUGUUCAGUGUGAUUAUUGGCGAGAUAAUUUGUCUCACCAGUGUCGUUGUCGGGACGUAUACGGGCAAGAUCACGGUCGCUGGUCCCAUUCUCCAGGCUAUGGGGCUGGACAUCGGGAUACAGACAAGUCAGAUUGCCAACAGGACCGCAAUAUACAGCACUGCGCCAAAGGCUAGGAACCGUGUCAAUACAGCUUACAUGGUGAGCGUAUUUAGUGGUCAAUUGAUGGGGACCGCUGUUGGCAACCGCCUGUAUGCUCAUGGGGGAUGGAUCGCCAGUGGCAGUGCGAGUGUGGGCUUUAUCACGUUCGCGCUUCUAAUUUGCCUUGUUCGAGGCCCACACGAGAAGGGCUGGGUAGGCUGGAGGGGGGGUUGGGAUAUCAGAAAGAAUGUUGCACGGCCGGUAAAAGAGGUCAAGGAGCAGGAGCCGGAGCAGCUGCCACAUGAGCUACCACCUCCCGUCACGGACGAUGAGGCCGUGCCCGGGGAACGAGACGAGGGGCCGGUACGAUCCAGUGAGAAAGGGCUGACGAAUGAUCCGCAGCAAACGGUCACAGCCGGGCAAUCGGAGGACAAGGUCUAG